AAGCCAGAACCUUUAAACCUCUUGAUCACCCAGAAACGGGGUUUUAGGGUUUUGGAUGAUGAUGAAGGUUUGGAAAUGGUACCAGGGCUGCCUCUCUCACCACCCAUUGAAGACCCAGGUCAUCAGCUCCGGCCUACUCUGGGGCGUCGGCGACAUUGCUGCCCAGUACAUUACUCACUCCACCACAAGAAACCGUCUUCAGCUCUCUCAUGACAAAGCUGAAGAUUUCAAAGUUAACUGGAAACGAGUAGCUAUCACAAGUACAUUUGGCUUUGCUUUUGUUGGACCCGUUGGCCAUUUCUGGUAUGAAAACUUGGACAAAUUCAUCAAACUGAAGCUUCUCCUACCAACUAACUCAGCUCGGUUUGUUGCUGCUAAAGUGGCAAUGGAUGGUCUUAUCUUUGGUCCCCUUGAUUUGUUGGUAUUUUUCACCUACAUGGGAUUUUCUACUGGCAAGAAUGCUGAACAAGUGAAGGAAGAUUUGAAGAGAGAUUUCAUACCAGCCCUUAUAUUGGAGGGUGGUGUGUGGCCAAUUGUUCAAGUUGCAAAUUUCAGAUAUGUUCCUGUGAGGUAUCAGCUCCUCUAUGUUAAUAUCUUCUGCCUGUUGGACAGUGCCUUUUUGUCAUGGGUUGAGCAACAAAAGGAUGCCGCUUGGAAGCAGUGGUUAACAUCUUUUACUUCUUUUAAAGACCGAUGAGGUUAGGGGUAGAUUAUGAUUCAUCAUCUUCACCACUCAUGUAUUUCUUUCCUUCUAUUCAGUUUUGUGUACUGCAAACCAAGAGAAUGUGUUUGGGAAAGAAAGAUUUUAGUGCCCACCAUAGACUACAACCUGCAUUUUCAAUGCCGGAAUUUGUGGAGAGUGAUGUAAUUGUUUUCAAGUUGUAUGUGUUCACUGUGACUUAUACAAUGAAAAGAACAACACAGCUUAGAGUCCUUAGACCUUUGAUUUG